CGUUUGAUAAAUACCUAUAACCAAAACCUGAUAAUGAUCUAAAAAGAAUACCGAUUGAAGCACUGGAACAAAGGCACGACAAUCAAUUGGAUCGGAAUCGCAUAGAGUUCCAUCAACAUUGAAAAGGACUGCUUCAAUUCGAGGCAUGACUGUGGCCUGAGAACUGCUUGCUUCUCCAUCUAAAAGUUGAAAAUAAAGAGCUAUGUUUCUGUUGCUGUAUAAUGUCUUCUUGCAUCCCAAGUCCAAGCGGGUGGUUGUGUUAUGCCUUUGUUGUUGACUUUGUUGUGCGCAAUGGUGGUUGUGUUAUACUGUUAUGUCUUUGCCGUUGAACAACGUAUUGCAUCCAAUUACACGCAAUGGUUGUGUCUUACUGUCAUGUCUCUGCUUAAACUGUUUUUAUUUGUCCAAUUUCAUUUUUGGUGUAGUGCAAUAACACUUGACACUUGGGUGAAAAUGGGGUGAUCAAGGAAUAUUAGUGUGAUCUACUCAGUGUAACAAUAUUUGUCGAUUAAGAAAGUCGGAACGAUAAAGAUGUGAUUUGCAGUCCGAAGCAUAUAAGGAGUAUGAAAGAAUUUUCCGGUGAAAUUUCAUGUUUUUUUUAUUUAAUUUCGUUCUUUCCAAUUUUUUUUUGCUACAUAAUUCUGUUUCUAUUAAUGUUGAAAUGAUGAGGUAUGUAUGAUGAUAUUUGAUGUUUUAAUAGUAAAAGAAAUACCAAACAUGUUUGACAAUCUUGUAGAACAUUAUUGAGUUGGUGAGAGAUGACCGCAAUUUUCAUUUCAAUAAUUUAAAUAUUAGAUGCCAAUAUUGUUAUUAUAUGGUAUGAGAUGAAUUAUUGAAUUUCCCCCGUUAUGACAUAAUAUUAGAGCAUUAUGUCAUCGAUAUAUGACUUUCGUUGAAGAUCUUUGGUUUAUACCUCAAACUUCAAGCAAUUCUUCCUGCACGAGCUGGAACAUGGGCUAUAAGCCUGAAGGCCCAAUAGGUUGAGUGGAUUUGAUUCCAUUGCAAGUCCCAUUGGACAACAAGCCCAACCGCCCAAGACCUUUUCUGCAUUCAAGUGGACUUUUGAACCGAGCCCGGUCGAGAAAGAGAAACUCUCUAAUAUCGAUGGCAGUUCUGGAACAAGGGUUUCGAAAGUGAAGGAGGAGAAGGGACGCCGCUCUUCAUCGCCGGCAGCUUCCUGUCAACUCCGCCGUCCAAUCAUCCGUCAUCCCUGCUGCAGGAGUCGACACUGUUAUUUACUGCUACAGCCAACGACCUUCAUUUCUGUUCAUAUCCGGAAUUAGCCGGGAGAAAUAGAAAAGGUUAAUCCAUCGGGUAGAUGUUUUCUUCUACUUUGUACUCCUUUUGUCUCUGGUUCUCGAUUGGUUUCAGUGGCUUAUCUGGGUGAAUUACUUUCUUGUGAUAGUUUAGACCCAAAUGGCUUAUCUACAACACGGCAGAAAUGCCCUGCGCCAAAUUCUUAGAGAAAGUAAUGUUAGGAAGAGCUCGUCCGAUUCAUCGUUACCGCGGUUGCUUUAUGCUUGUCAAGGAGUUCGAUUUAGGAAGCUAGAGGUUAUUCUAACAACGAACAUAGACAAGCUUGGUAAAGCAGGCGAAACAGUGAAGGUUGCACCUGGAUACUUCCGCAACCACCUGAUGCCGAAAUUGCUAGCCGUCCCUAAUCUCGACAAGUUUGCUCAUCUAAUCACCGAGCAGCGCAAGUUGUACCAGCAAGAGGAGGAAGAAGAGGUUAAGAAGGUGGUCGACGAGACCAAGGAAGAUAGGAUGAAAGAGUUCGAAACAGCUGCAAAGCGCUUGGAUAAAUCGCGCGUGACAUUUAGAGUGGGGAUUGAUGCAGAGAAGUUCCGAGCCCGUGCCUCAAAGGAUGAACCCGUAGUGAUUCUCUCGCCAGUGACAAAGGAUGACAUUGUGAAAGAGGUUGCAAGGCAGCUUAACGUGCUUAUCGAUCCAGACAACCUUCAUCUGCCGACGCCAUUGACAACAUUUGGGGAGUUUGAGGUGCCUUUGCGUUUGCCUAGGUCCAUUCCUUUGCCCGAAGGAAAGGUUAACUGGACACUGACAAUUAAAAUCAGGGGCAAAUAGAAAGCCACAGUAAGAAUCUUAGAUUGAAUCCCAGGGUUUGCUGGAAAUGUCGAAACUCAUUGCUGAAACUUGUCAGCUUGUUGCCGGGUACUUGUUAACUGGUAGGGUUUGUUUUCCAAUAAUUUGGUUGAAUGUAAGAUGCAUUCUGGUUGGUGUGGAGCGGUAGAGCCACAGAUUUGAAUGCAGGGUCUCUGUCUCUCUGAUGGGAAGCUCUCCUCGGUAGUUGGUGCUGAUUAUUUAGUAGUAGUGUUAGCAUAUCCACCUGAACAAUUUUUGCAAUCUGUUAAUUUAAUUACAGUUAUAUCAAUGCAAUGCAAUUCACAUAUGGCUAAUUCAAUCCACUUCUUUUAGCAUUUCAUUUGUUGCAAGGUCGCAAAUAAUGCAAUUGAAUUUGUAACUGUAGAAACUCAUAUCAUAUCGUAUUUGUAACUGUAAUAGGAAACGCAAGACCAAUAUGAAUGCUAUUACUAUUUUCUCUGUUGCAAGAUCGCAAAUAAUGCAUUUGAGUUUGCAACAGUAAAAACUCAUGCUAUAUCAUCCUUUGUAAUUGGAGAUCUAAGACCAAUGGAGAUGCUCUUACUAUUUUCUCUAAUUUGUGUACGGUUAAAUGAAUACUAAAUGGUACA